AUGAUUUCUCAAACCGCAACUUUUCUGGCUUACGCCACACUUCUCGUGUCCGCCAGCCCUCUCGCCCUCCAGCGCAGAGCUGUCACGGAGCUCAACGAGGAGGCCACAAAGGAGGCACACCCCCGCGACGACACCGCCACGCGCGCUUUUUCCGACGUCCAGAUCAAGACAGCUGACGGCAAGUGUCUCUUCGUCGACAAGUUAUCUGGAGAUUUCCGGGCGAACCUCACCCCGAUCCAGGUAGCUGAUUGCGGAGCGACGGACGGCCAGGGUUGGGAUGUCAUCACUGCUGGAAAGCACAAUAAUCAGCUCAACUCAAUGCUCAUCGUCAGCACUCUGACGCAAGCGUGCUUCAACUUUGAUCCCCGUCGCGCGGCGGGUAACCAGGUCAACCUCUUCUCCUGCGGUGGACGCGCAGCAGGCGAGGGCCUGGUGACGGACUCUCAGCUCUUCGCCGUAGACAGCGGAGCGGGGCCCUCGACCUUCCAGCCCAAGAAUGAGAAGGGCAAGUGUUUUGCGGUCAAGGGCAAGGUGGUGGACAUUGCAGACUGCAACGCCGACGACAAGGCCCAGUCUUUUGCCUUUGGCGGCAAGCCUGGGUUAGUCGGCGGAGGAGCCGGCGCAGGAGGUAACGGAACUGGCAAUGGGGCGGAUAACGGUGCUCAGCAGCCUGCGCCGACCACGACAGCAGCGGCCGUUGUGACGGGGAAGCCUUCCGCCGGAUGCGAUGACACCGAUGAGACCGUCACCAUGACGCUAACGACCACGAUCAAGCCCGGCCAGGGUAAUGCCCCCGUCGCGACCGCCAAACCCGAGGCAACGUCCGCUCCGGUGGUAGCACAGCCCGUCGCCUCCUCAGCCCCAGCCGCCGGAAACGGCCAGAAGGGAAACAUCCCCGCCGCGAAUCCCACCUCGCCCGUCCCCGUCUCCCGCGCCGGCGGCACUCUGAACCCGACCGCCGCAGCCGAAGCCAACGCCUUCGACGACACGGCCACCCGCGCUUUCACAAAGGUGGCCAUCCAGGCGCCCAACGGGCAGUGUCUCUCCAUUGACCCUACCGCCGGCGACUUCCGUCAGAACCUCAUCCCCGUCACCGUGGCGGCGUGCGACAAGGCCUCGCCCAACCAACAGUUUGACGUGAUUUCCAAGGGGAAGCACAACGACGGUAAGGAUGGGGCGAUGCUGAUUGUCAGCAGCCUGACCAAUGGGUGCGUCAGCACUGACGGGCGGCGGGCAGACGGCGACACGGUCACGCUUUUCUCGUGUGGAGGUCGUGCUGCGGGCGAGGGGCUUACGAAUACCGGGCAGCUGGUCAAGGUCUUUGGGGACAGCUUUUUGUGGUCGCCUGUGAAUGAUGCGGCUACGUGUGUUGUCCCUGGGAGUCAGGGACGUUUGGUCACGGCUGCUUGUAAGGGGGACAAUAGUGAGACGUACAAGAUUGUUGCUUAG